CUCCCCCUCCCCCUCCCGGCCUAGGCCGCACCACACCGGCCCCGCGCUGCCCCGCACUCGGUUGUACCUCAAGUACAGAAUGGCGAUCAUCUUGACAGUCGUGAUAAAUUUAAUUCUGGCAUACUGAACCUCACAGGGUUGAACAUAAAGGAAGAUGGUAAGCAAUCAAGUUGUACUGGAGUCAAAGGCAGCCCCUAAAAACCUGUUGGAAGAAAUGCACAAACUCCGCAUCUUAUGCUACUUCUGUGACGUGACAGUACAGAUAGAACAUCAGGGAAACAAAGAGGAAUUUGUUGCUCAUAAAGCUGUGUUGGCUGCAGCCAGCAGUUACUUCAGAGAACUGUUCCUUAAUGAAAUGGUGAACACUAAAAUUACUGUAGUAACUCUGCAAGAUAUCUACACAGCAGACUUUGCCUCUUUUCUGGAUUUUGUCUAUACAGCAAAAGUGGAGGUUGAAGCCGAGAGGGUACAAAGGAUACAGGAGAUUGCGGAGAAGUUGAAAUGCAAGGAGCUUGCGGAAGUCUGCAGUCAGGUGAAAACACAGAUACUUGAGACUGCUCUGAUGGACCUGGGCAAUUUGGCUGAUUCCCAUGGAGCCGAGGAUCUUAAAGACACCAAAGAACUGAGAGAUUAUGUCUCCACUCCUGCUCAAACUGCAACUGUAAUACCUUCCAAAGCACACAACUGCGAAGAAUCCUCUAGCCAAGAUAUUUCGAAGGAAGAGAAAGUUCAUGAUAGCGAUUUGAAUGUGGUGCCCACAACUACCAGAACCAAAGGCUGGGAAAAAUCGGAAAAGGACAAGAAAACGGGGAAACCGCUGAAUGUAAAGGCAAAACGAGUUAGCGGUAGGCUGGCCGGCCGAAAAGUCUUUUUAGAAAUUCCCAAAAAGAAAUAUACACGCAAACUCAAAGAGCAGGAGAAGGUUAAACAAGGCCUGGAAGAAGAAUCUGUAAAAUUGGCCUUGGUCGAAGGUAAUCAAAAUAUUGAAGACCAAGUCAAGAAGGAAACAACAGCAGAGGUUGUUGUUGAGGAGGCAGAUGAUGAGGAGAUGAUGGAGGGAGAUGAUGUUGAAGAUGAGGAGGAAGAACCAGAAAGUGACGAUAGCGAGUUUGAAUUGGAUGAGGACACCAGAAAGACACCAGAUGAGAAUGAGAAGAAGAGAAGGGGUGGAAAUUUCAAGUGCGACAAAUGUGAGAAAGACUUUCAGUAUGAGAAAAGCUACUUGAAGCACAUCGAACAAAACCACGGUAUUACUCCAGAAAUCAUAUACCGCUGCGAGACCUGCAACCAGACUUUUGCAAAUCGCUGCAACUUAAAGAGCCACCAAAGACAUGUCCACGUUGAGGAACGUCGCUUCCCGUGCACAAUCUGCGGCAAAAAGUUUAAAAGGAAAAAGGACGUGAAACGGCAUAUCCUCCAAGUACACGAGGGCGGUGGAGAGCGCCAUCUAUGCUUGCAGUGUGGUAAAGGACUGAGUUCCAAAACUGCCUUGAGGCUCCAUGAAAGGACACACACUGGAGACAAACCUUACGAAUGCACUGUAUGCCAUGCAAAGUUUUCUCAGCCAUCUGCACUGAAGGUGCACUUGAGGGUGCAUACUGGCGAAAAGCCUUUUGCCUGUGAUGAAUGUGGUGCCAGGUUCACACAGAAUCACAUGUUGAUAUAUCACAAGAGAUCUCAUACAGGUGAAAAACCCUUUAUGUGUGAAACAUGUGGGAAAAGUUUUGCUUCAAAGGAGUAUUUAAAACACCACAACAGGAUUCACACCGGAUCAAAGCCAUUUAUAUGUGGAAUCUGCUUUCGAGCCUUUGCACAGAGAAAUUCUCUUCACCAGCACCUUCGAGUUCAUACAGGUGAAAGGCCCUAUUGCUGCGAUCAGUGUGGCAAACAGUUCACACAGUUGAAUGCUCUGCAACGCCAUUAUCGCAUACAUUCGGGAGAGAAACCUUUUAUGUGCAGUGCAUGUGGGAGAACCUUCACUGAUAAAUCUACACUCAGAAGACACGCUUCAGUCCAUGACAAGAAUGCACGAUGGCAGUCAUUCCUUGUCACUUUGGACGAGGGCACAAAGAAGGGACACGCUCGAAGAACAGACCUCCACGCAUUUGUGGAUUGCGAGCAGGUUUCUCCCACAGAUGCCCAAGACAGCUCAGCAUCUUGUACAGAGCUGAAUGCUGUAACACUCCACAGAAACAUCUCCGGUGGACACGAGCAGGAAGCUUCGGGUACAUCAGGUUGGAGGGCAGCCGAUCUGCCUUCCAUCACUAUGGUGACUCAAGGAACCUCCAUGGCGGUCACCUUUAACGAGCUUGCGGUGCUUCACACCCCAACAGAUUUAGUGCAGCCUCACCUGCACACCUUGGCCAACGUCGAGCAGUUGGGUGCAGCAAGUUCACAAGGUCUAGUCCUCGACAACGUGGCACUGGAGAAGAAUGGGGCCACCAACACAAGCAUUGUGACUACCAUUUCGGUACCCGCCUGCUUGGCCAUGACUGGUCACAUGAAUAACAUGCUAACACAUGCAGCCGGGGGUGGACAAAUGCCCAGUGGACUUCCUGUCACCCUAGCAGCAGGUUCUUCACAGUUAACUGUGAUGCAAAGCAGUAACCUGUCAGUGUUGCAGAACACGGUAAAUGGAGUGACCAAUAUACAGAUGUGAGUUAUUAAUCAGCAAUGCUAUUUCCAUUAGCCCCCAGACUCAUGGAUUCUAUUUAACUAAAUUUGGGUAAGGACACAUUUUGAUUAUCUGCGACGUUUUGUCCAUCGACUAUGACUCUUCUGCAGUGAACUGGAGCAUCAAUGGCACAGUAUACCUUUUACAAUCUCCUUUGAGGCUCAAGAUUGCAAUUCUUUUGUGCUUCCACUUUUUCUGAUGCUGUGUGACAGGGGUUGCCUUGUAAUGGAUUUAGAUUUUUAAAAUAAAGUAACUUGUAGUAGUUAGUUAGUCUGACUAUUGGCUUUGAAAGGCACCAGAAGAUCCGUUACCCAUGAUUUGUUAGGUCCUUCAGAGAAAAUAAGGUGAUACUACUUUUGUGACUGUCCCACAAUUUUUGUUUGGAAGACCUGGCAUUAGUAAUUAUAUUUACCCACCACAUAAUUAGUAUUGGAUUCUCAUUUGCCUGCACAAUGCUAAAUGGCAUGCUUGGAUUUUUGUCAACAGAAGGAAAUACGAUUUUUUUUUGAUGUCCAUAGCAUCUCAGAUCUAACGGCCUUAUAAUACAAGUGUCUUUAUUUUAAAUUAUAGACUCGCCCCUGUAUAAAUGCACGUGCCUGUAAUGCCGUGUAAUAUAGAUGAGUAAUUUUGGGGAAGUGAUGCCGUUUGUUCAUUUAUGCUUUUAUCAAUAAUGUCAAGAUACAAAACAUGGUCUUAAUAAAUCGAACAUGUUCAUAAGGCUCCUUUGUAACUUUGCAAAUUGGCACUAAUGUUCUGAAACUCUGGAAAUGCUCAAACUGAACGAUGAUUAAGCAGUACAGUGUAUGUGGUGUAAUUUUGAAUGUAUUAGUAUAAAAAAUGUGGUAGGAGACAUUUAUGAAUUUGUAUUUAACUUUGAUCCAUAAUUUACAGUGUAAACAAAUACUGGUGUAGAGGGAUGCAAUUCAAAAUUGUAGCCAGUCACAUUGGCCAGUCUACACAGUGCUGCUCCCCUAGUUCGUGUAUGCUAACUUAUCCAGCAUGAAAAAUGUUCUCAAUAGGCUUCAGUCUGAUGGAGAGAUCUUCUGAAAACAAGUUUCAUGGGAAUGUAUGUUCUGCAUCCGAGCUUACAAACACCAUCUUUUCCUAUCACUGAGGGAAAAUUUCAAAUUACCCCAGGUUAAAACAAACAUUUGACUUCCAUUUACCCAAUGUUUUUUUUGUCAUUAUAAGCUUGCUAGAAAUUGUCCAUCUAAUUUUAAAUAUUGAUAAAACACCGACAUUACCAUCUUACCUACUUCAUACUGUAGGUCCAAGAGCAUUCUUCAGAAGGUAAUUUCUUUGUCACACCUGAGAGUGAUAUAAAUUUACAGGUAUGUCUUAGCCUAGUCGACUUAAAUUAGAUAAUGUACUCGCAGAGAGAGACAGUGUGAAAAUAGGCCCUUCGGCCCAACUUGCCCACACAGGCCAACAUGUCCCAGCUACACUAGUUCCACCUGCCAAUGUUUGGUCUAUAUCCCUCCAGAUUUGUCCUAUGCAUGUACUCUUAAGGGCCUGUCCCACUGUACGAGGUAAUUCAAGAGCUCUCCCGAGUUUAAAACAAAAAUCAAACUCGUGGUAAGUACGUAGCGGUUAUGUCGGAGCUCAGGACGUCUCUUAGUGGCUCGUAACGCUAACGGCAGGUACUCGGGAAACGCCGUAAGCUCGUGAAGACUCGUGACGAUUUUUCAACAUGUUGAAAAAUGUCCUCAAGAGCCCCGAGUACCUACGAGCGGCUAUUACCAUAAUUCUCCAAGUUCGAAUCGGGGAACUCGGGAGAACUCUUGAAUUCGCUCGUACAGUGGGACAGGCCCUUUAGAACCAAUUCACAUUUAGCAUCAAUCCAUAGUAACAACAAAAUAAUAUAUUUUGCAAUAUGUAGUAUAAAUAUGAGUGAUUUUAAUUAUUUAUCCUGUUAUGAACAAUACUAUAGGAAUCCCACAAGCAGUUUAAAGUACUUACCUUUCAAUCAUUCUCUUUCUCGGAAACAAAAAGGUAAGAGAGGUUUUUUUUCUCCCACCUAUUAGGACAGUAUUGAAACAAAAAUGGUCAAAAUCUACACCAUCUCUAUAAAAAAACACGUGCAUAUCACAGGAGUUUACUAUUGUAACCAUCCUAAUUUUGUAGCAUAAAUUUCCUCGCUGUCAUUUUGUAACAAAAAAUAUCGUAAGAAAGUAUGCUCCUACAGGUACCUAUUUUAUGCUUUAAAACCUUGUACUAUUUUCCUUUAAUAUUUACCUAGGUUUCUCUUUCUAAACUCAUUCUUAAUGGAAUUUCUUUAAUGUUAUGCCCUAAUUUUAUUAUGUCCCCCUGUCAGCAUUUGCUCAGUUAUACUUCCUUGUGCUGCUUGCUUUCUGCUCCUUUAGCCAUAGGGUGGUGAAUCUGUAGAAUUCAGUGUCGCAGACAUCUGUGGAGGCCAAGUCAUAGGGUAUUUUUAAAGCAUAGAAUGACAGGUUCUUGAUUAGUAAGGGUGUCAAAGGUUAUGGGAAGAAGGCAGGAGAAUGGGGUUGAGAUGGAAAAAUAGAUCAGCCAUGAUUGGAUGGCGGAGCAGAUGCAACGGGCCGAAUGGCCUAAUUCUGCUCCUGUGACGUGAUAUUGGAGGGUUAUAUCUGUGUAUAGCUCCAGAAUUAUAUCCCUUCAUAGUUAUCAAAGUUUCUAACAGUUAACUUUCAUCUAUCAUACAUGUCCCACUCCCAAUUAUCCACGGCUCCCAAUUAUGUUCAAUCAUUUAACCUAGUUUCAAUUUUGAGUUUUAUUUUUUUUCCUUUCUUUAGCUCUGUAUCUGGUGGCUUCUUCCUUGAGUCAAUAAAAGACCUUUGAAACCUUUGAGUCAAGAUACAUUUUGGGUAAUCCUUUGUUUUUAAAGAGUGCUGAAAGCUAUCGAUAUAUUUUUUUAAUUAAAAGGUUUCUUUCUGAUAACAUUUUCUGAUCUACGGUUAUCAUGUUGCAGUGGUUGGAGGUUCUUGGUCUUGGAGGUCAUUGAAAGUGCCUUCUAUUGAAAAUAAGGGUAGGCCAAUCUUAUUUAAAUGAAUUUUCAGUCCCAGUUUCUGAGUCAAAUACCCCGUUCAUGCUGCAGAACUACAUGCACAAGGUGUAGGAAGGAACUGCAGAUGCUGGUUUACAUCAAAGAUGGACAAAACAUGCUGAGGUACCUCAGUGGGACAGGAAGCAACUCUGGAGAAAAGGAAUGGGUGCGGUUUUGGGUCAAAACCCUUCUUCAGUCUGUAGAAGGAUCUCGACCAGAAACGUCACCCAUUCCUUCACUCCAAAGAUGGUGCCUGUCCUGCUGAGGUACAAAGGCAUUUUGGUUCUAUCUUGUGUGCAAAAGGUGAUGGGAGCAGAUGAUUAGAGGAUAACGGUGCUGAGCAAAGGUGGCGAUGAAGGGGUAUGAUCUGUUCAUGCAAGAAGUAACAAAACUCUGCUCAUGAUCUUUGCAAGCACCUCAAUAUUUCAGCCAGUCCGCAGCACCAGAGUGGACAGGACUUUAACUUCUGCCAAUGUCAGCAAUUAUUUUUUAACGUUAGUGCCACCAAAUGGAGUUUCACUAUCCUGUGGGCUUGAUCAUGUCAUAUUGAUUUAAGAUCCCUUAAGUGCACUAUCCAAGGCAAAUGUGUAAACUAAAUGCGGCAGUGUAAUCUUUUAGUGUAUUAAAAACUAUAAAGAUGA